UGUACAUGGCACGUUGGUAUUGUAAAUUAUUUAGUUCCUAUUACAUAGUUGGUAAUCACCAGAAACUAUGUAUGUAUAUUAGUUUCGGUAACGAUAGUACCCAUCGCGAGUUUCACGGGUAAUUCGCAAGCGUCUGAAUUAAUAACGAAUUUGCUUGUAACUGAUGUGCAACUUUGAAUUCGUGUAAGCGAUAAAUAUCAUAUCCGCAACACGGAAAUUUAAAUGAACAAUUUGCAUUGUCAAGCCACAGAUUAAUACUGUUGAAUUUCCAAAUUUCAUUGAGUAAAGGCGUACGCGCAGUUCCUUUGAGUUGCGCAAUUUUGACGGCUAAAAGAAACAUUACUCAAUUUCUUUGUCGCUAGUUCCGAAAACCUGUUUCGUAAAUCAUCGAGUUAUUGCCGAAUCGUGUGAGAAUUAGCUAAAACGCUAUUUGAGCAAAACUAUAUUUAAAAAAUAUGCCCCACGAAGAUAUGCACUCUGCAGAAAAUAUUAUAAAGUUGAGUAUUAUUGUCGCAUGAAACCCUAUCCUAAUUAAUCAUCAGACCGUGCAUAAUCUUUUUCCGAUACCGGAAACAAAAAAGGUACAUGAAAGGUUGACGAAUUAGAAAACUGUAGCUUCAUCUGCGUUCCUAAAAUACAUUUACAUAAUGGCAUGGGAUUUUCAAUAAACUUAACGUUAAUGCAACUUCGAUGAUAAAUUCAUUAAUAAUUCAUAAGGCAAUUCGUCAAAAAUAUUUCAUUGACCAACAUAUAUUAGCAACAUACAACGGUGAUAAUCAUUAAAUCAAAGAGAUAUAUUCCUAGAGAGAGGGGAGAAAGGAGGAGAGGGUAUUUGACUUUACAUCGAAUCGAUAGAUUACAAUUCAGUCAGGAAUGAAUGUAUCAUACGAGCGAAUGCUGUGCGGAAAUGCAAUAAAUUCAACAAUAAACUGUAUUGCCAUGCUGGGAUGCGGCUAUUCAGGCGACAUAUUGACACUCGUUCGCUCUAUCGUCGAAAACACGCAAUUUAUUACUCAUUAAUCUUGACAGUCUAAUUUACGUUAUUGAUCGAAUAUAUGAUAGGACGAUUUCUUCAAUGAAAUUGAGCAAAGUCAACGUGGGAAUAAUAGUAGCCCUAUAAUUCUAGAAUUAUCGCAGAUUUUCGUGUUGAUUAAAUCUACUAAAGUAUCGGUAAUGCAUUUGCGUAUACUUGAAUUUGGAUAAUAACGAGCGCAACUUCAAAUUAAAGUUCAAGUUUAUAUACGGCACGCGUAGAUAUUAUCGAUUGGAUCGAGUGAUUCAAGUUUCAAGCGAAAAAUUUGCGUUUCGUUAGCAGAUCGUUUCAAUCGAUUUUUUGUAUAUCCGGACCGUGAAAUCGCCUCUGCAAAGGUAUUUUGAAACAGGAAACCUGAAUUUCUUGGUUCGCCAAGUGUUUCGAAAUGCAUUUUUGUCAAGCUUUUACAUCACAAUAUAAUUUCGAUGUCAAUCCGUGGCUGGCUAUGACGAAAACUAGAACUGUAACGGCAACUUUUAAAAAAUAUUCGGUCCAGCGAGCAAUACUAGCUUUGCCUCUCACUCUAUUGAAAUCACUGACAAGCUAUGACAAAUAAAUUAAUGCUUUAAUGACUUCUUUCUUUCGUGAGCUGAACGCUCUUAUAAAAUAGGAUUUUUGCGAUACAAUAAUCAGUCUAUUCGUGAUCCUCUAAAGGAACAAAUAUGGCGUUGAUACAGGUGAAUACAGAGGAUACAAGUGUUGGAAAGUAGCGGUGAACGCAUUACGUCUUACUUGAGAUUAUUGGUGAAAGUUAGCGUUGCGAUUAUUGACACGUUUACUUGAUACAAAUUCGUUGAGAAACAAUUAAGCAAGGAUUACAACGCAGGCAACUUGAACAGUUCGUCGAACGAAGGAAUGCUGGCAGACGGGUCUAAUGCGAUCGAUCGUUCCAAUUUCAAGUUUCACCGAUGUUAUUGAUUAAAGAGUGGGGCGACGUUCCGUAAAACGGAUCACGGGAUCCGUGACAAAGUAUUACAAAGUCGUAAUCGUAAAGUAAAAACGCAGCAUGUUCUAGAAGUCUUUAUGCGAUCGGGAAAAUCGCCUCUGCGAGUCUGUUCCGCUUAUCAUCCAUAUUUCUGAGAAAGAAUAACGGGUUCUCCUUUUGCAAUUUUCUACCCAGAAUGCGCGACCUUUUAUGAUUAAAAUGAAUUUCUGUCGUGUUCUUCCAGCGUUCGAUUUUCACGAUUAAUUUUCGAGAUAUUUUUGCCACGACUUUCCACCCAACCGCACGCUCUACGUCAGAAAGCAGAUUAAAAAUUGACAAUUCUUUUCUUGUCUUAUUCGCUUUCAGAACUUAGUUGUUUUUGCUCUGAUCUCGAUCACCUUUGCUAGUGCUCAACUAAAAAUGUUUCACGAAGACGACGAAGACACUGGUAGCGUAGAUAGAGCCGGACACAGUGGGGGUGGAGGUCAUGGUCAUGCGUAUUCCUUUCAUCACUUUUCUGGACCCGUGGUGGGCCAUCACGAAGAGAUCAUUUGGAAGGACAAACACGGCCAUCAUCAUCACGAUUACAAGGCCCAUCCUAAGUAUAAGUUCGCCUAUGGUGUGGAUGAUAAACAUACUAAGGACUACCAUGGACAGAAGGAGCAUCGCGACGGGAAAGAAGUCGAAGGAGAGUACCAUAUUCACGAACCUGGUGGCAACAUGAGGAGCGUAAAAUAUCAUUCUCAUCCCCAUGGAGGUUUCUUCGCGGAAGUUCAUAAUUAUGGAGGAAAUGAUCAUUCUGGUGGUACUUAUGGUGGACAUAACCAUAGAUAAAUUACACGAUAUCUUUUAUUUAUCUC